UAAAAAUCGACACUCAUCGUUAGCGGUGAGAUAAUUAGUAUUCUGUAACCGUACUGAUCACAAUUAACACUCACCGUACGGCAAUACUGUUGUCGUAUUAGGUACUUCGAAAGUAACUUUCUCUGUUAUCAGUGAUCUUGAUCUCGAAACAAAUAAUUUUCUCGCAAUUAAAUUCGAAAUUUUUGUUUUUAUUUGGCACACAAAUAAGGGAGAUACUGUUGCGUAAAUCUUGUCAUUUUGUGGCUUUUAUUGUCAUAUAUUGGGGAAAGUACUAUAUUAAGAUCAUCUAAUUGUAAUUCACGAAUUGUUCGAUACUGGUAUCCCGGAGAAAGUGUCCACCGAAAUGAUGUCGGUCGGAUGCAACUCACGUUUCGCACCUGCCUGUUUCCGUGGUAUAUAGCUCCCCACAUUUCUUCGCGCUGUAAUACCGUUGUGAUUUUUGCUGGUGAUAAGACUGUGCUUCUCUAUUGACGAAUAUUACAUUACAGCUCGUACAAUUUUUCAUCAUGCUGAAAUACGUGAUUGUCUGCGGCGCAUUAUUUUGCUUCGUCGUAGCUGAGCCACCAGUUCAAGGUGUGAAACCGACAAAUGUAUUAGGUAGUUCGGAGCAACAUACUUCCUUUAGUUUUAUCAGGCCGGGAUUAACGCAAACGUCAUUUGCAUUCAACGGACCUAGCUCUCAUCAAUCAUUCGCAUCUAGUAUAGGCAAUGCUCAGUUAGCGCAAAAGGUUUUGCCAAGUAUAGCGCAGGCUCUCGCCUAUAGAAAUCCUGGUCUAGGAUAUUAUUCACUCGGUCCCGUUGCAAAUAAUUAUGCUACUCCGACUUUUGCAACACCAGCAAAUGGACCAUUACCUUAUCAAGUUGCUCUAGAUCCCGCUACUGCAUCAGCGUAUGCGCAGCAAUUGCAGCAGCAACCGCAAGCGUACUUGCAUGCAUAUCAACCAAAUGCUAUUUACCAGUCGCAAUUAGCUCAAUUGCUCGCUCUCAGACAAGCGCAGAUACCGCAAACUCAACAAAGCCAAUUGCAAGCAGUGCAAUCGGACCAGACCCAGCUGCAGCAUCAACAAUUAGAACAACAACCGCAGAAUUUGUUAGGAGUCGCCUAUUCGUCUGCUCCAUCAGUGGCACAUGUAAAAGUCUCAGGGAAUGGAUACAAGUUUAAUUUUUAAAUCUAAAUAUCAGCUUGUAUAUUUUUUUACAGU